AUGCGGGCAGCGACCGUCCUGCUGCACCGCAGCACCGGCAAGUUCCACUACAAGAAGGAGGGCACCUACUCCAUCGGCACCGUGGGCACCCAGGACGUGGACUGUGACUUCAUUGACUUCGCUUACGUCCGCGUCUCCUCCGAGGAGCUGGACCGGGCCCUCCGCAAGGCCGUCGGGGAGUUCAAGGACGCACUGCGCAACUCGGGCAGCGAUGGAAUGGGGCAGAUCUCCCUGGAGUUCUACCAGAAAAAGAAGUCGCGCUGGCCCUUCUCGGAUGAGUGCAUCCCCUGGGAGCUGUGGACCAUCAAGGUGAACGUGGUGAACCUGGCUAACGAGCAAGAGCGGCAGAUCUGCCGGGAGAAGGUGGGCGAGAAGCUCUGCGAAAAGAUCAUCAACAUCGUGGAGGUGAUGAACCGCCACGAGUACCUGCCCAAGAUGCCCACCCAGUCAGAGGUGGACAACGUCUUCGACACCAGCCUGAAGGACGUGCAGCCCUACCUGUACAAGAUCUCCUACCAGAUCACGGACUCCCUGGGCACCUCGGUCACCACCACCAUGCGCCGGCUCAUCAAGGACACUCUGGCUCUGUAGGGCUGGGUGCCACCGAGGCAGGUUCACCCCGCGUGGUGGCACCUCUUUGGCACAGCCCCUGGCUCUCUGGGACAGCAUCUCUGUUUGGAUCCUUCCUCUCCGCCUCCAAAAAGCCUCUGCAGGGAGCUGGACUUGGCCUGGCCCUUAAUUGGGGGGUGCUGCUGGUUUGGUUUGCACCACGGGGUGCUUGCCCGUCCCGGAGAACCGGCUGGGUGGCUCCCAGGUUGGCUGAGGAGGGGUGAGUCCUCAGGGCGGGAGCUGC